GUAGCCCCCAUGCCUCUAACAAGAACCACGAAGACCCCGAUACACCUGGUCUCCUCAUUUGCACCUAAUCUUCGCCAAAAUCCGCCCUAUGAAGAACUAGAGGAGCCUCUUCGCCCAUCAAACAAUAAAGACCGUAAUCACAACCACGGCUCCGUCGCCACCAACAACCUUAACCCAGGAGGAGAAAAAACUUCGAGAGGGGUAGCGGGAGAAAGCGCUUCCAGGGCGAGAAGCGCGAGCAAGAAAAAGCAGAGAGUAUCGCCUAUAAGAACUGUUGGUCUCAAAACAGGAAUCGAGAUGUCGCAAAUAUCGUCUGACAUUUCGAGGACCCAAUCCCCCGCGAGCUCCGCAUUCCCAUCCUACUUUCGCCGAGAAAAGAAUACGCUUGCUGUCGAGAGUUUACCUGAACUACCAAACAGCGAUGGGUGUCCCAGCGAUCAUAUCCACAAGGAGGAAGACGGGCGGGGUUCGGGAGGAGAAGAGAGAAGGAAGGACGCGGUUUACUACGCUCCGAUUCCCGAGAAACAGAAGUUGGGGUACAUGUCUACGGCUGCGCUGAUCAUAAACAAGAUGAUCGGUACCGGGAUAUUUUCGAAGCCUUCGGCGAUAUUGAAGCUGACGGGGUCGAAAGGAGGGGCGCUGUUUCUUUGGGUUGCCGGUGGGGUUAUGACGCUUACUGGGUGAGGGAUCCACGAGGGAUGAUUGAAGCUUAUGUCGUUCUAAUGUUAUCGGGAUUUUCAGAUUAUUCGUCUAUCUGGAAUUUGGUGUUGCAUUGCCAUUCAAUGGCGGUGAAUUGGUCUAUGUAGCUCUCACGCCCUUCGCCUCUCUACCUCCGAUUGCGAAUACGAGCUAAUAUGCAAAAUAGCUAGAUGAGGCAUACACACGCCCGAAGUACAUUGCGAGUUGCAUGUUCGCCAUCUUCUUCGUCUUGCUGGGAAACACCGCAGCAAACACAAUUGCCUUUGCAAAGCACAUGCUAGUAGCUUUCAACCCCAACGAGCAGAGCCCAGAUUACCGACUGCAGAGAUUUGUAGCAUUAGUCUGCAUCACAUUUAUUUGCCUCCUCCAUCUAUUCUCGCGCAAGAUGGGAAUCUUCGUCAACAAUGCAUUGGCAGCGUACAAGGUUGGCCUGCUCACGUUCGUGGUGAUUUCAGGGUUCGUAUGUCUGGGCGGUGGCGGGAGCGGUGAUCACAAGAACACCCCCUACGGGAAAGAGAACCUUCAGAAUGCGUUUGAAGAAAGCUCUGGAUCGCCGUACGCUUAUGCCAGCGCAAUGUUGAGCGUGCUGUACAGCUAUCAAGGGUGGGAGAACGCGAAUUAUGUGGGUUCUAAUCUUGCGCUUAACGGGGGGAAGUAUGCUAAUCCCGAGUAGGUCCUCGCAGAGGUCAAGAGACCGCGGGGUGAUGAGUCUCGGACUUUCAAACGUGCAGCUUUGGUAGCGUUUACAGUGGUCACGUUACUAUAUAUUCUUGCGAACGUCGCAUAUGUAUAGUCACCUAGACGCCAAAUUAUUAACAGACACUGGAACUGAUAUCGGUGCCUAGUUUUCUGCCAGUACCACAAAAGAACUCAUAGAAACCGGUUCCACCGCCGCUGCCGAAUUCUUCAUAAAAGUUUUCGGCAACGGGCCCUUCGUGAGCAGAGGUCUCAAAGUCCUCAUUGCUCUCUCCGCCUUCGGAAACGUCGUCGCGGUAACAUACGCAAAUGCUCGAGUCAAGCAGGAAAUUGCGAAGCAGCGAAUCCUGCCAUUCUCAGAGUUCUGGGCAAGUACCAGUCCAUACGGAACCCCCGUUGGUGCUCUCAUCUUGCACUGGAUAUUCACCGUGAUCGUCAUUGUAGCAAGUAAGUUUCCAUGAUCCUGGUUGAGGAUUCUGUAUUUUCAAAGAAUUACCACCGCUAACGCAACGCUAAAGCACCCAAUUACUCGCGCAAGGAUGAGGCUUACAACCUAGUCAGUGUCUUGUUCACAUACGGCCACACUUGGAUCGGAAGUACGUUACACUAUAUUCCCAUCCGUCUCCGCCCCCUAUAACCUUGGAUGUAUAUGACAAGUUCCCCCUGAAACUAACCCCCUCCCCCUCUUGCGACAGUCUUCGUAUCCCUCGGUCUAAUCGCCCUCCCCCUCCACGAUAAGUUCAGCGAAUGGCGACCCGCCAUCGUGAGCAUUAAGAAGCUAUACGGAUUAGUAGCCCUCUACAUAACCCUCAAUGUCUUCAUUAUAAUCUUGAUCUGGUGGCCUGCCAAAACCGAGGAAAUCAGAUCCUACGUUGCCCCCUCCGUCGGGACCUCAGUCCUCGCCUUCGGUGUGCUGUACUGGGUUGGUUUUGCGAAGGUAUUGCCCGCGCUAGGGUAUCAUAUUGACUCUGAGCCGGAUGAAUUAGUCGACGGGAGUCGGGUUGUUACUUACAAGGUAUUUGAGUCCCACGAUGGGUUUAUCCCUAGAAGUGGAAUGCGAAUUGACGGCUGACGAUUCCGAUAGCGUUACAAGACUGGCCCGGCAUUAGCGUUGGCUGAUUGGUGGGAGCGAACUUUUAAGAAGAAGCAACAGCUAUGAUUCGAGUUACCCAGGUCCUCGGAGUAGAUUUUCUGGGUAUCCCUUAUUUUAUUUCUUUUCACCUUAUGGAGUUAAUACUCUCAAGUUACAUUGGUAUUUUUUUUGUUUUUGUUUUUUCCUUAUGACCCCAACAUAGUGACCCUCGCCGAGGGUUUGUUAAUUGGCGCCUGAAGCUUGAUGGGGGGUCCUGUCUGGCUUGGGUCGGAUGGUUGGACGGUUUUGGCUGCGGUCGAUUUUUAUUUUAUUUUCUUUCCCUGAACUUUCCUUCCUGCUACCAUAUGUAACUUAGCCCCCCUUGCCUACUCGGGUACCUGCGUCACUGUACAACUCCACUUGAGCACUACCGUUUCACCUGCUCCAGUCCUGUAGCAAUCUUGUAUAACAGUCUCCCACCUGUCUAUCCAGUGUCCCGAGCACGAAACGUCUACCCUCUCUUCUCCUUUUUUCCCCCUUUCCCCACCCCCUCUAUUCCAGGCGGUAACGCUACCGUACUCGAUUCAACUAUUCUUCCCUCAUAAAACAGUGCUCCUAAGUUAAAGUAUCAAUAACAUAAGCAGAACAGGAGAAUUAACCCAUACCAGCGCGACAGAUUCCCUGUCUUGCGGUGAUGAAGGGGCAUUUUGUAACAGGCAGUGCAUGGCAUAAACAUUAUGCAGGUCGGACAGCCGAGGUGAGACGGGUACAGAGAUAGAGUUGAACUUACAAGGAGUUUUUUUUUUUCUUUUCAGUUUUCGGUAUGAUGUUCAGUUCAUUGUAAACGCGAGCGUCUAC